AAAUGAAGUUGAAAGGCCAGAAGAAGAAAAUACCAGUGCUAAUCCUCCAUCUGGGGUUGAAGAUGAAGCCGCUGAAAAUGGCGUACCAAAACCGGAGAUUACCUGGGGCAAUCGACGUUAUUGGUCAGACUAUCACCAUUAGCCGAGUAGAAGGCCGGCGCCGGGCGAAUGAAAAUAGCAACAUUCAGGUCCUUUCUGAAAGAUGUGCUGCUGAAGUGGACAACAAUUUUAGCAAACCACCUCCGUUUUUCCCUCCAGGAGGUCCUCCUACCCACCUUCCACCGCCUCCGUUUCUUCCACCUCCUCCAACUGUCAGCACUGCUCCACCUCUGAUUCCACCACCAGCAUAAUUACUGUUUUUCAGUGUGAGAAAUGCCCUGGUUUGGAGGAUAAAGUUUGCGGCCAGCCCUUCAUGGUGGUUUGAAGACACAGCUCAUUGCUCAAGUAAACAGUGCUUAGCAUUUGGGAGGCGAGAAACCCAGCUCUUUUCCUGUCAGUGGACAGAACAGGAGACACGGGCUCCUCUUUUCCUCCCCCGCACUUCUGCAGACAUGCAGGAAGUGUUGUUAGUGACACAGAGAGGACAGUACCUUUGGCUGUAAUGGGUUCGUUUGGAGACUAGAGAAGGUUACGUCUGCAGACGGCUGAGGAGGCUGAGGAGACUUCUGGAAACACGGCCGGGUAUGAUGGAAUGCCCUGCAGCGGUGCUAACAGUAGCUUGGACACCAACACUGCUGGGUCUGACUCCUCUGUCGUUUUCAUUUCCCACUGAGCCAGAAAAUAGGUUCACUAGUAUUAACUUUUUCAUUGCAAUUGUAGCUUUGUGUUUUCUGAGUAAUUGUUGAAAUAACUCACUUUCGAAGGUACUCUUCUAAGAACAGCCCGUGUGUUAGCUCAUUUCAUUAUAGAACAACAUCUAGAGCAGUUCUGCAGCUCAGGAAACUGGAGCUUAAGGAGUAUAAGCAGUAGCCAGAAAAUAGCAGAACUAGAAUCCUAACUCAGACAAUUGGAAGGUUUGAAAUUCUAUUUUCUUUAUUAACUAUAUUGAAAUAAAUCAGAACCUAUAUUAGGAAGACAGUAUUACUGAAAUUUGUUUUCUAUAAUAGCAUGUCUUAGACGCUUUUUUAAUUUUAAAGCAUUUUUCUGAUAUGGAAGUGCAUGGAUAUGUAUUUCUGGAUGAGGCGUUUAGGAAGAUGAAAAAAGCAGGAAUUAAUUUAUUUUUAAAAGAUUAAUUUAUUGGGCCAGCGCCGUGGCUCACUUGGUUAAUCCUCCAACUUUGGCACCAGCAUCCCAUAUAGGUGCUGGGUUCCAGUCUUGGCUGCCCCUCUUCCACAGCUCUUGCUGUGGUCUGGAAGGGCAGUGGAGGAUGGCUCAGGUGAUUGGGCCCCUGCACCCUCAUGGGAGACUGGGAGGAAGCACCUGGCUCCUGGCUUCGGAUUGGUGUAUCUCCGGCCAUAGCGGCCAUUUGGGGAGUGAGCCAGUGGAAGGAAGACCUUUCUCUCUGUCUCUCUUUCUCUCUCUCUCUCACUGUCUGUAACUCUACCUGUCAAAUAAAAAAAAAAAAGAUUAAUUUAUUUGAAAGGCAGGGUUAUAAAGAAAGAGAGGGAAAGGAGAUCUUUCAUAUGUGGUUCGUUCCCCGAAUGACCACCAUGGCUAGGGCAGGGCCAGGCCAAACACCAGAGCCUGAAACUCUGCCAUCUGGGUCCCCCAUGUGGAUGGCAGGGACCCAAGCACUUGGGCCAUCUGCUGCUGCUGUCCCAGGCUUAUUGUCUGGGAGCUCAAUUGGAAGUAGAGCAGUUGGGACACAAACUGGUACUCAAAUGGUAUGCCAGUGGCGAAGGCAGCAGCUUUACCCACAACAUCUCAGUGCCGGCCCUGGGAAUCGUAUAUCUUAAGAUAUCUAGUUACCACAGUUUAACAGCUGUUUGCCUGAUUUUUAUAACAAGUCUCCAUCUAACUGAAUAAGCCAGUUUUGAAAUACUCAUUUAUUGGAAGAAAAAUUGUAAGAAUUGUAAAAAAUUUUUCUAGGUUAUGUAAUGUUGCAUUUGCUUAUUUAUUAUAAAACAAUCACACUUUUUGUUCUGUGUGUUAGUAACUGCAAUUACAUUGACAGUGUGUUUAUUAUCACUGUGAUCUCUGUAUCUAAAACUUUCUCGCCAUCCCCAACAAAACUCUAUACCCAUUAAAUAAUAACUCCUUUCUCCUCUCCCACAGACCCUGAUAGCCUCUGUUCUACUUUCUAGGUUUGCUUAUUCAGAUACCCCAUAUAAGAGGAAUCAUAUAUUUGUCCAUCUAUGUCUGGCUUAUUUUUUUUUUUUUUUUAAAUUAGUGAUUGUGAACUCUACAUAUGGUAGACUUUUCUUAAAUGUGAACUUAAUUGAGUAUAAUUCAUCAGCAUCCACAUGUUUAUAUAAUUGUUAUGUCCAUAUAAUAACAAUGAAUUAGUAUACUUAAAAUCACACUUGUACACAAUACCCUUUAAAUGUACAUAUAUUGUCUCUCUUCACCGUUCCAUUUGAACAAGUAGAAUCAAUAUAAUAGGGGCCGGCACCAUGGUGUGGUGGGUAAAGCUGCCGCCUGCAGAGCUGGCAUCCCAUAUGAGCGAUGGUUCUAGUCCCAGCUGUUC